AUGCCGCCCCGCCGCGCGACAGGGCAGCCCGAGGGCCAGCCGCCCGCGAAGAAGCCCGCCAUGGACCUGGAGGCGAUCAAGGCCAAGGUCGCGGCGCAGAAGCAGGCGCUGCAGGCCCGUCUCGCGAGCGCCAAGUCGACCUCGAGCAGUCCGAAGCCUGAACUCGGUCCCGCUGCGCCGCCGCCAUCAGCCGCACCGGCGGCCGCGAAGAACGACGAUAUUGCCGCCCGCAUGGCCGAGGUGCGCGCCCGCAUCAACGCCAAGAAGGGCUUGCUUGCCGGUGCUGCUGCUGGGCCCUCGCGACCAGACAGCAGGGAAAGCCGCGACUCGAGGGACUCGAGGGGAGGAUCGGGAUCCGGGUCGCCCGCCCCGUCAGCUCCGACAUCGGUCUCGGGCAUCGGUGGGGUUGCACUGCACCCGCUCCUCGCCGGCGACGUUGGCCCGAGUGAGCAAAAGGAGAAGAACGAGAAGCGCGCCAUGGCGAACCGGUACAAAACCAUGGCGCCCAAGUUCUCCUCUGUGCGCGCGAAUGCUGCUGCGGUCGAAGCGGCCGCCCAGCAGGCUGAGAAGAGCGGGGACAAGACGUCUGCGGUGAUCACGAACCCGUACGCUGCGCCCGCGCUCGAUGAGGAGGGUCAGGAGCUGAGUGCCGGACCGAGCAAGCGGUCAGGACGCAAGAUGCAGUUCUCCGCGCCGGGCAAGUACGUGAAGCAGGGCGACCAGCUGCGUAACGAGGCGAAGCUCGAGGCGCUGAAGGCGCGCAUCGCGGAGCAGUCGCGCAAGGCCGGUCUCGACUCUGAGUUUGACGUGCUCGAGCGCUCGCUCCGGCGCCAGGCGCCGCCAGCCGUCGAGUGGUGGGACGAGGCGAUCCUGCCCGACCCGACAUACGACAGUAUCCCGUCCGCGCUCGAGUACAUCGAGACGAACCCCGACUCGCUCGUGACGCACCUUGUCCAGCAUCCCAUCCCGAUUGUCGCCCAGUCGGACCGGAAACAGGCCGAGCGCGGCCUGAUGCUGACAAAGAAGGAGGCGCGCAAGAUGCGCCGCCAGCGCCGCCUCGCCGAGCUCGAGGACAAGCGGGACAAGCAGAAGAUGGGCCUCAUCCCGCCCGACCCGCCCAAGGUCCGUCUCGCCAACAUUGUCAAAGUGCUUGCGAACGAGUCGAGCGCCGAUCCGACAAAGAUCGAGAACCAGGUUCGGAAACAGGUCGCGAUGCGCGCGAUCCGGCACGAAAAGGACAAUGCUGCGCGAGCGCUCACGAAGGAGCAGAAGCGGGAAAAGCUCUACGCCAAGCUCGAGGAGAAGGAGAGGCGGCAGGGUCUCGUCGCAUCAGCCUACAUUGUGAAACACCUCACGAACCAGCGGCACAAGUUCAAGGUCCGCCAGACGGCCAAGCAGGACCACCUCACGGGUUGUGUGCUCUUCACGCCGACGUUCUCCAUCGUCCUCGUCGAGGGUGUCGCCAAGAUGGCGAGGCACUACCACCAGCUCAUGACGCACCGUAUCGACUGGACGGAGCAGCUGCGGCGGCGGGACGGGGACGAGGACUCGGACGACUCGGGCAGCGAAGCUGGGGACAAGGAGAAGAAGGACGACGAGGAGGACAUCGAUCUCAGCGACAACAAGUGCGAGCAGAUCUGGCACGCAGAAGUCCCUGAGCGUGUCUUUGGAGGAUUCAUUGCGCGCCACGCCGAGACGGACGCGAGAGGGAAGGAUAUCCUAGGGCCCAAGUAUGAGCUGCUCUGGGACCUCGCGAAGCGGUGGACGUACGGCGGCGAGGAGUUCUAG